ACACGUGAUCGGACCUCACUUGGACGAUGGUAUUACACUUGGUGUUCAACACUUUAAGCCCUGAUGUGGGAUGGGUGUGAAGCUUAAUCUAACACCGCACACAGGCCACCGACCUGCCUCAUGGCAUGGCUCAGAUCCAACUCAUUUGUUCGUUCCUUAGCGAGACCGGGUAAAACCUCUCUACAGGGUGUUGAAGAUCGUCCGCGACGAUAUUAUCGCAAGGCCGAGGUAAGCCGUCCACCGUGACGCACUCCAAUCCGUCUUCCACGACGCGAUCUCAUUUCCUCUUCCACGAGGCCGAGGUAAGCCGUCCACCGCGACGCACUCCCAUCCGUCUCCCACGACGCGAUUUUGUUUCCUCUUCUACGAGGCUGAGGUAAGCCCUCCCCGCGAGGCACUCCAAAUCGUCCACGACGAUACUAUUCGCGAGGCCGAGGUAAGCCGUGCAUCUCGACACACUCCUAUAUAUCCGUCUUCCACGACGUGAACUAUUUGCUCUCGGAUCUAAGCUAGGGUGGGCAAACGGGUCUAGGUACCGUGAGUCGGAACCGAACCGACAGGUUCGGUCCGGGUUAGGGGCGGGUCCUUUUUUUUAAAAAUUAUAACGGUCCAGGUCGGUCCGGUUCUUAUACGUUUUAGGACCGGUCCGGUUCUCAAUUUUAAAAUUCUUCCGGACCCGGACCGGCCCGUUAGUUAAUACUCCGUAUUAUUAUUAUCCGUAUCACUCAUUUACUUGGGCCAAAGCCCUACCCAAUCUCCCAACUCCCAAUCCUUUUGGUCUUUCCCAAAGCCAGAACUUCAGAACCCUUUGCAGCGCCUAAUUUGUGAAUCGGAGCACAGACAGAGAGACGGACGAGCACAGACGAUGAGACGGAGCUUCCGAGCAUAGACGAUGAGAUGAAGCUUCUGAAGCGCUGCGUCGACCGAGCACAGAGAUCGCAGAGAAGCACUAUGCGCUAAUCCCCAUGUUUGUUCAGCUGUCCGGACACCACUGCUCACCUUAAAUCGCCUUCUCUGGUGAAUUUUGUCCCGUGGUAGCUCUUCACAUCUCAUCUCUUAAUUGAAAUAUUCACCUCUUCAUUUUCAAUUUUUAAUUUUACACAACCAGCUGUAUUUAUCAUCAUCACCAAUUUCACCACCACUUCUCUAUUUUUGUGUUCCAUCCUCUCUAUUUUAUUAUGAGUUAUAGUAAAAAAUCAAAUAUGUAGUAUAAAUUAGGAUUUGUGGACAAGCUUACAAUCUGAAGAAAGAUUCAACUGGUUUGAAUCUCACCUGGGCAGAUUCGUAAUUUGAUUUCAAGAAUGUUUUGUUGGAAUCAGUCACUCACUGUUCAUAGAUCCAAACAGUCUGUUCAACUAUUCUUAAUGUGUAAAGUUACAUAAAUGAAUAAGAAAAAAACACCCAGUAGUUUUCUUUGGAGUAUAUGAUCCUCUCUAUUGUCUAAUCUCUAAAAUUAUUAUUUACUCCAUUAUAAAAGCUUUAAUGGUAGUAGAAGUGUUUGGUAAAAGUAAUGGUGUAUUAUAGACAUUUAUAUAUUUGUUUUUAUUUUCAGGAUUCUACUGGCAACUCUAAUUCAAGUGAAAAACAGUCCUUGCAUAGCACAAUACCUAAUUGCAUGUGAAGGAUGUAGGAUUUUGGGUUUUUUUGGAAGCCAUCUGCCUACUGCCUGAUUGUUCUUUUUGGAACCAUAUGGCAUUUGCCAAAAUGUGAUUGUACUCUUUCCUUUUUUUGUUGGAUGAUCAUGCCAUCAUGGGGGUUUGUUGUACUCAGUUCCUCUUUAUAUGGUGAAUGACCAUGUAUGUAUUACGGAGUAUUAAAUUAUUUGCACUUCUUUAUAUUUGUAAUAUUAGUAUCAUGAAAGUUUCGGACCCGUUGACCCGUGGAAUCGGCCCGUUUCGAACAAGCCGGGUUAGGUCCGGUUUCAAUUUUAAAAUUUUGAAAACCCGUUCCGGCCCGGACCAUUUUAAUAAAAACAAGCCGAGUCCGGUUUAUAGAAAUCUUGGCCCUGACUGGACCGUGCCCACCCCUAGAUCUAAGGCGAGGGGUGCAUCCUCUGUGCCUAUCUCACUUACCCGAGUAGCUCUCAUUUGAAGACCCCGGUCUCACUAAGGAUGACAUCAAGGUUUGUUCUAGACCAGACUACCACACGAUCGGUGCACUUUGCUGGUUAGGCCUAUCUUUUGUCCAAAACUUUGGACUCAACUCAUACGUUGACUUACUUUUCUCGGCCGCGUGGUGACUGGUCUACCCGAGCCCGCGAGCGCCUUGUAUUCUUUUUUGAACUUAUUUUGCAGGUUAGAAGGAUGAGAAGGCCAGGCUCGGCCUCAGCCACCGCGUGAGCCGCUCAAGCUCGACCCCAGGCACUCAAGCUCGAGCAUCAGCCGUUCAAGCUCGGCCCCAGGCACUCAAGCUUGGCCCUUGCCAUUCAAGCUCGGCCUCAACCACUUGGUCUCGGCCUUAGCCACUCAAGCUCGACCUCAACCACUUGAGCUCUGUUUUAGCCACUCAAGCUCGGCCCCGGACGCUCAAGCUCGGCCUCAGCCACUCAAGCUCAGCCCGGACACUCAAGCUCGGCCUCAUCCACUCAGGCUCGGCCUCAUCCACUCAAGCUCGGCCUCGGCCUUGCCCAUCUCGUGGAGGGGCCAGAGACUCCCAUCAGAGCCGAGCAUGGACACUACUCCCCUUCACCUCGGAAUUCUUCUUCGGCUUAGGGAGUGGGGGACUCUGGGUGCUCGGCUCGUGAUUGUUACAUCUCACAUCAGGAGAGGUUGGCGAUUGACAUCUCGACCUUGUAUCAGACCGCAGCAGUCCGUGUCGGCACGCACUCGCCGACAAUCCAUUAUGUCGAACCGCCCUCGACUCUGGACAACGAGUCUAGGCCCUGGGAGACUUGACGAUCACCUCUUUUGAUAUUCACACAAAAGACCUCACACCCUAGCAAUGUUUUCUAGAUCCACUCUGUGGGAUGAGAUGUACUCUUUUCUUGAUCGAGGAUUUUUUCCCAUCCUCAUGGGUUUUUCUUCGGCAAGUUUUUAAUGAGGCAUCCCCUGUGGAGUGGGUCACACAUUGACGGGAUUGUGGGAGGAUGUUUGAAGACGUCAAACGGACUGUAGAUGAUGACUUAUUCAUCCACUCUUUUGGUGAUUGUUGCACUUUGAAUAGCGAACCGACGAUGUAAUUUGUACGAGAGCAAACCAUUUCAAGACAAUGAGCAGAUUAUGUGUUUCUUCUUGUCUUUCCAUUUUGAACAGCGAGUUGGCAUUACGUUUCUGACAUGUGGCGUUGUUUGCCUUACUUCACCGUGCUCGGGACAGCGAGUUGGCGGUGCACUCCAGACAGCAAGGAAGACGGUGUCCUUCCGUGGUGGAUUUUUGUUCUACUUCCACUUCACCUCGAGUUCCUCUCGGCUCGGAAAGUAGGGGACGCAUGAUGGAUACCCUGGACAGGGGGUAUCCGGUCUUUGUAUAAUAUUAGUCGGGGCGGUCCAGUUU